AAAAGAUCAGCUCGCACAUGGAGGGGGGAGAAUGCCAUUCGCCAGCUGGCACUUGCUGGCCAGAAAUUCGUGUCCUGCUUGGAAGAUCAUGGCAUCAGCGAAUGGCGCCCCUCCGGCCGCCGCAUCAGAGGCUGUGCUGAAGCAGUCGGAGGGCUUGCCGGCGUCAACCCCUGUGAUCCGCGGCUACGACUUCUCCAAUGGCAUCGAUUAUGAGGCGCUGCUUGGCGCGAUGGCCACCACCGGUUUUCAGGCGUCUAACUUUGGACGGGCCAUCGAUGAGAUCAAUAGAAUGUUGGAGUGGCGGUUGAGCGACGAGCCUGUCGUGGAUGACUGCGAUCCGGAGGAGCGGGACCCCGCAUUUCGUGCCGCCACACGUUGCAAGAUCUUCCUGGGCUUUACCUCCAACCUCAUUUCCAGUGGGGUCCGAGAGACCGUGCGCUUCUUGAUACAGCAUAAGCUGGUGGACGUCGUCGUAACGACCGCAGGGGGCGUCGAGGAAGACCUCAUAAAAUGUCUGGCGCCAACGUACCAGGGCGCCUUUUCGCUGGACGGGGCGGCCCUCCGAGCGCGGGGGCUUAACCGGAUUGGUAACCUGCUGGUGCCGAAUGAUAACUACUGCAAGUUCGAAGACUGGGUUAACCCGAUUCUGGACCAGUUUUUAGCGGAGCAGAAGGAGACGGGGCAGCUGUGGACACCGUCCAAGAUCAUCGAUCGGCUGGGCAAGGAAAUCGACGACCCAGAUUCGUGCUGGUAUUGGGCCCACAAGAACAACAUUCCGGUGUUCUGCCCUGCACUCACAGACGGCUCGUUGGGGGACAUGAUCUACUUCCACUCUUUCCGACACCCGGGCCUUGUGGUCGACAUUGUCGAAGACAUCCGACGGAUGAACGGGCAGGCCGUUCAUGCCGCGCCGCGCAAAACGGGGGUCGUCAUCCUCGGGGGAGGGCUGCCGAAGCACCACAUCUGCAACGCAAACCUGAUGCGGAACGGCUCCGAUUUCGCGGUGUAUGUGAAUACGGCCCAGGAGUUCGACGGCAGCGACUCGGGCGCGAGCCCUGGGGAAGCCGUUUCGUGGGGCAAGAUAAGAGCAAACGCGCAGGCCGUCAAGGUGCACGGCGAUGCUACCAUCGUCUUCCCGCUUCUCGUCGCUCAGACUUUCGCGAAAGAGGCUGAACGGAGAAAACAGCAGUCGUCAAAGAAGCCUUCCGAAACAACAGAAGACACUCGAUGACGCUCGUUCUCAAUACACAAGUUUACCACU